AUGUCAGAGAAAGACAAUAGGCUUGUGAAUAGAUUUCGUCCUACAGGUGAUAAAACUUACUGCUGUGAUAUUUGUGAUAAACCAUUCUCACAGAAAGGCAGUUUGCUUCUGCAUAAAUGCAUUCAUACAGGUGAGAAGCCCUACCAAUGUAACACCUGUGGCAAAACAUUCACCCAGAAGGGAAGUAUGUUUGUACAUAAACGGAUUCAUACAGGUGAGAAGCCCUAUUAUUGUGAUACCUGUGGCAAAACAUUCACCCAAAAAGGUAGUAUGAUUAUGCAUAAACGUAUUCAUACAGCUUUUUCACAAGCGAAUCAUUUGUCUAAGCAUCGGCGAAUUCAUACUGGGGAAAAGCCCUACCAUUGUGACCUGUGUGGUAAAACAUUCGCUCAGAAAGGUGGGAUGCUUCAGCAUAAACGCAUCCAUACAGGUGAGAAGCCUUAUGAAUGUGAUGUCUGUGGGGAAGCUUUCACACAGAUUAGUAACUUAACGAAACACAUACGUAUUCACACAGGUGAAAAACCUUACCCAUGUGAUAUUUGUGGUGUAAAGUUGAGUCAAGAACUUCUGCUCCAAGAUUCUUUAAACAAAUAUGAAAUUUUAAGAACUAAAGAAGGACAUUAUCAAGAAUGA